AUGGGCAAUUGUUUUGGUCGGAAAUGCUGUUCGGUUACAGUGAUUGGUCCGUCGGGAUCGGGUAAAACAUCGCUCGUUCAACGUUUACAGAGUGUAGGCACCGAUUACCGAUCACUACCUCCUGUUCCUACUAUUGGAUUCAAUAUUGAAUCAAUUGAAUUGAAACGAUACAUAAUAACUGUAUGGGACUACGGCGGUGGGUAUAUGUAUAAAAUGAGAUCAAUAUGGGACGAACAUUUUGUCAAUAUCCGAGCACUGGUACUAGUGGUGGACAGUAGUGAUGGAGCACUGGCACGGAUAGCCCAGGCCAGACAAAUGCUAUGGGAUGUACUGGAUAAUAUAACAACAAUUAAUAAUUAUAAUACAAAUACCAGGGUUAUUAAAGUGCUUGUAGUGGCCAACAAAUGUGAUUUGAAUCGUUGUUUAACCAUGGCACAAUUGUACAAUGAAUUGGCUAUUGAUGAUUUAUUAGCUAAACGUGUAAUUCAAUUGAAAUUUGUUCAAGCUAGUGUAGUAAAUGAUCAUGGUUUAAAUGAUAUUUUACAAUGGCUAAAAAAGUUAGUUUAA